GGGAUUCCCGCCGCGCCCCGCCCCACCCCGCGUUGGCCACGCCCGGGCGCCCUUAGCGCGCAACGUCCGCGGUCCCUUUAAGACGCCCGGGGCGCACGCCGCUGCCGCCGCCGCUGCCGCCGCCGCCGCCGCCGCCGCCGCCGCCGCCGGUCCAUGGCAGCGCAGUUACUGGAGGAGAAGCUGACCUGCGCCAUCUGCCUGGGGCUCUACCGGGACCCGGUGACGCUGCCCUGCGGUCACAACUUCUGCGGGGCCUGCAUCCGGGACUGGUGGGGCCGCUGCGGGAAGGCGUGCCCCGAGUGUCGGGAGCCCUUCCCCGACGGCGCCGAGCUGCGCCGCAAUGUGGCCCUCAGCGGCGUGCUGGAGGUGGUGCGCGCCGGGCCUGCCCGGGACCCCGGCCCUGAGCCCGGCCCCGGCGCGCGCUGCCCCCGCCACGGGCGGCCGCUGGAGCUCUUCUGCCGCACCGAGGGCCGCUGCGUGUGCACCGUGUGCGAGUGUCGUCUCCACGAGCGGGUGCUGCUGGACGCCGAGCGCCUGGAACGGGAGGCCCAGCUGAGAGCCAGCCUGGAGGUUACCCAGCAACAGGCCACUCAAGCCAAAUGCCAGCUACUGCAACUACAGAAGCAAAGCAGCCAGAUCCAGAGCUCCGCCUGCACCUUGGCCUCCUCAGUCUCCGGCAAGUUCAGCAGCCUGCUGCAGGCCCUGGAGAUGCAGCACAUAGCAGCGCUGAGGAGCAUUGAGGCAGCCAAGACGCAGGCACUGGCACAGGCUCAAGAUGAGGAGCAGCGACUGCGGGGCCACUUGGAGGUUCUGGCUCGCCAUGGCUGCAGGAUCCAGGAGCUCUUGGAGCAGGGGGAUGCGCAGACCUUCCUGCAGGAAUCACAGCUCCUCCAGCCCCCAGGGCCUCUUGGGCCACUGACCCCUCUGCAGUGGGACGAAGACCAACAGCUGGGUGACCUGAAGGAGUUGCUACGCCGGCUGUGUGGCCUCCUCCUGGAAAACAGGGAGCACCCCGGGCCACCAGCCAAGCCUGUGAACUUAGGCCCUGUGGAGGCUCCAGGUCCCCUGGCACGGAUCCCAAGCACAAUUUGUCCACUGAGGAGGAAACUCCAGCAGAAUUAUCGCAAUCUAACCUUUGAUCCUGUCAGUGCCAACCGUCACUUCUAUCUGUCGCACCAGGACCAGCAGGUGAAACACUGUUAUCAGUCCCAGGGCCCAGCUGGGCCAGGCAGCUUCGAGCUCUGGCAGGUGCAGUGUGUCCAGAGCUUCCAGGCUGGGCGCCACUACUGGGAGGUGCAUGUGUCAGACCACUCAGUGACGCUGGGCGUCUCCUACCCGCAACUGCCACGGUGCAGGCUGGGGCCCCACACAGACAACAUCGGCCGGGGCCCCUGCUCCUGGGGGCUCUGCGUCCAGGAGGAUGGCCUCCAGGCCUGGCACAAUGGGGAGGCCCAGCGCCUCCCAGGGGUGUCGGGGCGGCUCCUGGGCAUGGAUUUGGACAUGGCCUCAGGCUGCCUCACCUUCUACAGCCUGGAGCCCUGGACCCAGCCCCUGCACACUUUCCAUGCCCUCUUCACCCAGCCCCUCAUCCCCGUCUUCUGGCUCCUCGAGGGUAGGACCCUGACCCUGUGCCAUCAGCCGGGGGCUGUGUUCCCUCCAGGGCCCCAGGAAGAGGUCUCUGUGCUCAGCUGAAGAAGGCAUGGGAUGGAGCCCUGGCACAGCUGCCACCCUGCCUGUGUGCCCAAGAGCUGCCCAGCUCCAGCUUGGGGACCCAAGGACCAGCUGUUGGCCUGUCUGUGACUCAGAGAGAGAUUGGGGGGUGUGGGGGUGGGCAUAAACCCAGAGUUCACACUUCCAGCCUCUUAGAAAGGGACACGGUCUAGGAAGGGGAUAAAUGGGAAGCCCUCGCCUCAAACAGAACCCAGUUCUAGGCAUCGCCUGGACCUAGGAGGCUAGAGCAGUGCCCAGGGGACUUCUGGGUUUACAGGACAGCAUAUGUGACAAAAUUCAGAUCCACCUGAAUUUGCCUCUGGAGAUGAUAACGGGCCAAAGGAGCAGUCAGUGUGGGACAGUGAGCCAGGGGAAGAUGGAGUCCUCCCUCCUUCCCGCCUGAGGCUCUAAUUUUUUGUAACAUUUGGGUAGACAUCCAUCCUGUCCUGGAGUCUUUUUAUUUUGUGCAUCCUUAAAAUAGUAUGGUAUGAACAACUGUUUUCUGCAUUUAAACAUUUUAAUUUUUUUAGGAGACAGUCCUGCUCUGUCACCCAG